UGGAAGGUUGGGAUUAAAAAUUAGUGGGUUAGGUUACUUCAAGGUGAAGACUAAUAUGAAGUAAAUAAAAUGAAGUGGAAUAUAAAUUUCUUCUAAAUUGACAAGUCAGCAGUUCUUGUACAUUCCAUUCUUAUUUUAGCAAAUUCAUAAGAUCUGACAGAACAUCUUCCUACGAGUCUCAUCUCUUAUUUGGUCAAAAUACGCCCGAUUACAUUUUCGAGUAUUCUGGAACGUUUUAGAAAAGCUGCAAAAGAUUUGCAAUUCCCCAUUUUCAUCUUAAUGAAAGACUUAACUUGCUGGUGAAGUUUUUAGUGUAAAUCAUUACAGGGAAAUUGAAAUGUUUCAAGAAGUACAUGGUAUGACUCUUUUAAGUGUUCCCGCGCUGCAACUAAUAAGAAGUCCCAAUCUCUUUGGCGUGUAUUUAACGGACUUUCAGUUCCAGCCUAUGCGGAGUAGAAAUUUAUCUUUGAAGCCAUUGGUGAUAAAUGCUAGGGCCAAUACUAGACGGGAAAGUGCAAAAAUUCGAAACCGAAGAAUGCUAAAGAAGUACAACGGCACGCCUAUGAAACCGAGGCUUUCAGUAUUCUGCUCAGACAAACAAUUGUAUGCUAUGCUAGUAGAUGAUCAAAAUAAGAAAUGUCUGUUUUAUGGCAGCACUCUACAGAAAUCUAUUCAUCAGAAUCCCUCUUGUACAACCACCGAAGCUGCUAAACGUGUUGGUGAGGAGCUAAUAAAGGCUUGCAAUGAUCUAAACAUAAAUGAGAUAUCAUCUUAUGAUCGAAACGGUUUUGCUCGUGGUGAAAGAAUGCAAGCGUUUGAGAUUGCAAUUUCCAGUCAUGGAUUUUUGCCAAGAUAAAACUGGCUAUAUGUAUUCUAUUAUCUCAAAACUAAUAUUUGGUA